GUCACGAGCUAACCUUCGUCGAAGCUCGCGGUGCACUCAGCACUGCGAUAACGAGUAGCGAAGCGACUAGCGUUAGCGUCACGUUGCGUCGACGUCGUAUACGCAGCGCUAUUAUCUAGUGUUCGAGUGCAAUAACAGCCGCUAUCACAAUGUCACAACGAUGUCUGCUUUGUCCCUGCCGGCUGUGACGGUUUCGCGCGAUCCAUACUUCGUUCGUUCGGUACAAUAUAUUCAUUCUGCAGGUGUGUGUUGUUGUAGUCCACAAUAAUAAGUGUGUGUGACCUCGAACGGCUGUGCGGCGUAGACUAGUGCAGUGAUGUGAGGAUGCUAGUGCGUGGCCAUGUCGAGCGUGGCGAAGAAAGACAAGCCGACGAUGUCGGUGACUGCGCUGAUCAACUGGGCGCGGCCGGGCCCGCCGGGGCCGCAGCAGCCUCCGCCCGCCGCGCCGGCGCCCAGCGCCAGCAUGCUGCAGGCCUUCGGCUCUCCCUCCAGCAUACCCAACGUUGACUGCUCGAUCGACAUGCAAUGGCUCAACAUAGAGGCGGGGUUUAUGUCGCCCAUGUCGCCGCCGGAGAUGAAGCCGGACACAGCAAUGCUGGACGGCAUGCGGGACGACGCCACGUCCCCGCCGGCCAUGAGGAACUACCCCCCGAACCACCCCCUCAGCGGCUCCAAACACCUCUGCUCCAUUUGCGGCGACAGAGCGUCGGGGAAACACUAUGGAGUUUAUAGUUGCGAAGGCUGCAAGGGCUUCUUCAAGAGGACCGUGAGGAAAGACCUCACGUACGCGUGCCGCGAGGAGAGGAACUGCAUAAUCGACAAGCGGCAGCGGAACCGGUGCCAGUACUGCCGCUAUCAGAAGUGCCUCGUGUGCGGCAUGAAGCGAGAGGCCGUGCAGGAGGAGCGGCAGCGCGCGGCGCGCGGCGCUGAGGACGCGCACCCCAGCAGCUCUGUACAGGUAACCACAGAACUAUCAAUCGAGCGGCUGCUGGAGAUGGAGUCGCUAGUGGCUGAUCCUCCCGAGGAGUUCCAGUUCCUGCGCGUUGGGCCCGACACCAACGUGCCGGCGCGGUACCGCGCGCCCGUGUCCAGUCUAUGUCAAAUAGGAAACAAGCAGAUCGCUGCUCUGAUGGUGUGGGCGCGCGACAUCCCUCACUUCAGCCAGCUGGAGCUGGACGACCAGGUGUUGCUGCUCAAGGCGUCGUGGAACGAACUGCUGCUCUUCGCCUUCGCCUGGCGCUCGAUGGAGUACCUGGAAGAUGAACGGGAAAACAUGGACGGCACGAGAACCGCCGCGCCGCCGCAACUCAUGUGCCUCAUGCCUGGCAUGACGCUGCACCGCAACUCGGCGCUGCAGGCCGGCGUGGGGCAGAUCUUCGACCGCGUGCUGUCGGAGCUGUCGCUCAAGAUGCGCGCGCUGCGCAUGGACCAGGCCGAGUACGUCGCGCUCAAGGCCAUCGUGCUGCUCAACCCCGAUGUCAAAGGACUGAAGAGUCGUUCAGACGUUGAUGUUUUAAGAGAAAAGAUAUUCUCCUGCUUGGACGAGUAUUGUCGCCGAGCGCACAGUUCCGAAGAGGGCAGGUUCGCGUCUCUCCUGCUGAGGCUACCGGCUCUCCGCUCCAUCUCCCUCAAGAGCUUCGAGCACCUGUUCUUCUUCCACCUCAUCGCGGAGGGAAACAUCGGCAACUACAUCCGGGAGGCGCUCCGCAACCACGCGCCCCCCAUCGACACCAGUACUAUGUUGUAAGACGCUAUAUCCAGCUCAGAAGGACCUCAAGUCGUACCAACCGAAUACUACAAAAUUAUUAAUAACUGACCUCUCGACACAUUUAUAUGUUGUGCAUGUGUAUGUGUAAGAAACGAAAGAUGUGUCGUACAUAAAAUUGCAUUUAAUAGUUCAAAUUAGGCUCGCUGCACACGUAACGUAACUUAAUUUUUAUCACAGACGGCGUUUACUUAAGUUUUUGUUCAGAAGGGGCGAAUUCGUCGCGAAUUUAUACGCGCGUUGUCGAAGUACUAGACAUCAAUACAUCGCGUCCACAAGCAUCGCGCGAAUUCAAAAUACGCGCGUAAAUCGCGUGAACUACGCCAGACGCUUACUCUAGAGCGAGUGCACGUUCAACUCCCAUGUUUCGUACUGAAUUCCUCCCCAAAUGCUCGCGCGUUGGUACGCACCUUGUGGACGCAACUGUCGCGCGUAAUACGCGCGAAUGAAUCGCGGCGAUAUUGCCCUUUCUGUCUCGUCGCCGCCUCGUCUACGUCCUAACAGCAACCUUUAUACCUCAUACACAUGUGUCGGAAAAACGGUAGACAUCAGAAGCGGAUUAAAAGAACAAAACACGAUCAUUGAAUGGAAAAUCUGAGCGGGAAUCAGGUCUAACAAUUCUUACCAAUGUUACCAAUAUACCCUCGAGUGGCAGAAAAUAAGUGAAGUCCCGGACUUGGGACCGUUGUAUGUAGGGUUAAAGACGUCGUUUAAAACUAGUUAACACUAUCCUUGUCUACUCAAUUCAUUCUCCCCAUCUAUCCCAAAAUAAUCCGUGAAGGAUUAUCCAAGAUAAGGUGUGGACGGAUCGAACGAAUGAGUUAGUCGCCUUUAUAGCCUCCCACUACUCCCCAUCAACUCACGGAACAAUUCGUACUAUCUAAAGAUCCGACCGAUCUUAUGAGUCACUUGCGCUGACAUGCAUGUUUAGUAUAGUCGGACGCAAUAUUGUGACUCGUGACUCAAAUGACUCUGCGUAUACUUCUAGACAAUACACAAGCUCACUGUUUAAAUGUGAAGGUGGCAGUUAAAAAUAAUUUUGAUUAAGGUACCAUUUAAAGUAGGCAUUUAUUUUACUAGACUUGACUUACUAUUUUACUAGACUUGACUUGAUAUUUGAGUUGGUUUGACAAAAUUGAAACACCGAAAAUUUAUGUAUAGUAAAAUAAUAAGUGAUAUCCACAUAAGUAUCAAUUUAGAGAAGAUAAAGCUAGAUUUCUGGAUAUAAAUUAGAUAAUCCUGCUAGGCCUAGAUGAAAACAACUUCGGUGCCAGUUUAUGAGUAUACGUUAUUAUGGAUUAAAUGGGCGGUACUCGCACAAUCUUUGCUAGAAUUAUUUAUGAUCUCGAGUACCAGAAACUUGAGUUUGAUCCAUGAUAUUUAUAUCAGACCAAUUACCUUCUAUAGGACCUGCUUCGAUAGAGGUUGGAUACCCCUAUGUCAAAACUAUAUGAUCAUGAUCUAACGCAUUCAUACAAACUGCGUCUAUAAAGUUGAUGUUUCAUUGUGAUAAAAUUAGACGUGUGUUUGAUUACUAUUUAAAAUUUAUAGUUGUGUGUAGUGUAAGGACACAGGAUAAUUUAUGUAUUGGUGUUAAAUAUUUUCAAUGUGUGAGUUUACUUUGUCUCCCUCAAAAAAUUACCGACAAUUUUGUUGGUGAAUUUGAAUGCGAUACAAGUCCAAUAGAAGGCAAUUGGUCUUAGAUAUUUAUAGUCGGAUGCAAUCUUUAUGACGUCUCGGAAAUCAACUGCGGGUGUUGAUACGCUCAGUUCAUACAUAAAGUCAAGCCGCGUGAAGGAGGACUUAUAUUUGGCUGACGUGAAGUGUUUACAAGUCACGUCACGACACGUCAGACAGAUAUAAAUCCGCCUUCACGCAUAGAAGUGCCGCCCCGCCCCUACGUUACCGCUGAUAUCUAAAAUAUUGUAUUAAUAAAUGUCAUGAAGUUUGCAUACUAUUAUAGUUGUGAAUAUCCAGAAAAUCCAGAAAAAUAAUUUUCUUAGAAAACGUCGACGACUUGAAUGAAUGGUCCUUCAUUAGAUUAUAAAUAUUAACUUAAACUGAGAAGAAAAUAAAAUCUGAUGAAAUUAAAAAGCAUUCUUGCGACAUGACAUCGAGGCAAGCUAAUUUAUUUAUGACUAAUCUGUAGCUAUAUGGAUAAGUAAUAACUUUCAUUUUAUUUUUUAAUCAUUAGUGAUAUAUUUUAUUCAUUUACAAUUAAAAUAAUUAUAUUUUUAUUUCCCAGUCCGUUAGUGUAAGGGCUAGCACACACCAAGCGUAUGGAUAAUAUUUAUAAAUGAUCUGAUGAAAAAAAAUGAUUUUCUAAUGUCGCCAACUAUCUUUUAACCCAGAUUCCUUUUUUUCAAAUUAGUCAACAGCGAUUGGCAAAACAGAUUUGUUUUUUUGAGGCGUUACUUUAUUAAAUAAUGAUAUGGGCAUUGCAAUGUUAAAGAGUAAAUGAGCACUGUGAAUAAUACGAACGAAAAAUAUACGAACGUCACAAUAAUGCAAUUUUGAUUUUCACCGACUAAUAUUUAACUAGAUACCGCACACGCAAUGGCUAGACGUGCCCGAAAUAAAUUUUAGUUUAAAGGUCAGUUUUUUUCCUACAGACGUCUGCAAUUACUUUGUCUAUGUCUCGUAGGCAGUAAAUAUUUUAUACCAACUCAAUCGUAAAUAAUUCUAAUCAAUCAGGACUGUCCUGGCCUUUAGGUAGUCUCGCGUGCAUUAACUAGUAUAUUGUAUUUUUUGUGUAACAUUUACACGAUUUUAUUUACCUGCAUGUUAUCUGUUUUAAUAUAAAACUGGCAAUAAGAACAUCUAAGUAAAGUAUGCACCAAACUUGGAGUCCACUCUGAUAUUGCAGCACGCCAAACCGCGUAGAUAUUCUAACCCUAGAUAUGAUGUGCUGUUUUCAUAUACUUCGUAGCAAUAAGCCUUGUGUUCAGAGCGGACUUGAUGUUUGGCGUAUACUAUGCAAUUAUGGACUUUAAAUGAACAAGAAUAAGGUAGAUUUUACUUCGAACUUGUAGUAUUUUUUUUUACAAAGAAUGAAAUAUAUUAUUUGUGACCCGUGACUGCGCUUGAGUGCAAAUAUCAUGAACUGUAUUUCAGUUGGUUUUAUUAACGUAAAAAGUUACAGUGGAAAAUAUAAAUUUACUGUUUACGGCGGGGCCGUAUGAAAUUAAGUUUUAAUAUAAUUUAAGUUAAUAUUAUGUUUUAAGUUAAUAUUAAAUAACUAAAUAUUAUUAUAACAAAGACUAUACUUUUAUUAUUAUUAUUAUUUUUAUAUUAUUACUAAGAUUAGGUGUAAUAGCGAUUAUUUAGUAUUGUUAUAAUGUGUAUAAAUGUACAUUUUGUACAUUCGUGACCUGAAGUGAUAAAUGCUAAGGAAUUGUGCCCACUUGUGCACUAUUUGGAAUCACAUAAAAAGAGCCAUAAUGAAAAUCGUACUAUAUUUAUAUAUUAUAAUUCUGUAUAUACUAUUAUUAAUUAGUACAACCUGUGCACGAGAUUUGCGAACAAAAUAUAAAAAUCUUAAAUACGGUUAAAUAUCUUGGAAGAUGAAAUUACAUAAUAAUUAUAAUUUUAUCAAAUUAUUGACUUAAAAUACAAUGGAAUACCUAUUCCGUCAUUCCAUGGGACACGAAGUUCUACACAAGUAUAAUAUUAUACCAUCGAUAUUUUUUUAAUCUAGUGUUUUUUUCGUUCUUAACAAAAUUUUUAUCACCAACCAAAAUUAAUUUAUAUUUACUUUGAAUUGAAAACGGUUUUUUACUCGACUACAUUCAUAUAUGUAAUAUGUAUUGUAUGUAUGUAUUUACAGAAUAAAUGUAUGUGUAUUUAUGUCACCUGAACAUGUAAAACAAUCUUAUUGGAUUCAUAUUACUAUGUAGCAGAGUCUAAAACCUUUAGAAUAUUUUUUUUUGUUUACUGUUUUAAACAUCUUUUUAUUAAUUUCAAAUAUGUACUAAAAAAAUAUGUUUAAAACAUUCUUUUUCAUUUGUUUCGACCAAAAAAUAUAACGAGUUAUACAAAUAAAAUUCGCAUUUAGGCUUAUUUUUAUGUAGUUUGAGAGAUUAAAAAACAAAUAAAUCAUCAUAAUAAAAAUAUAGAACAAAGUAUGAAUUAUAACUUACUUGAGGCAUUAAUAUAAAUAUAAGCAUUUCUCAAUAAAAAUAAAUGUCUAAUAAAAUAAAAAUAAAAAAAUAUCUAAUAAAAUACUUUAUGGACUUCAAGUCGACGUAGUUGUAAACAAUUGGUCGUGACGGCACGCCUGGAAGAUGUGAAACAUAGAGAAAUUCAUUAUGCCCCAAACUUCUAGUCUGCUCUGAAAUUGCAACAUGCGGAUCUGCGCAAAUAUUAUAGACGCACGGGCAUAUGUACACUGUCUGAGCGGCUAUUUGCCUCGUGUUUAGAGCGGACUCAAAGUUGGGACAAAGUUACAUUACAUAAAUAAGUCCAGAACGGGGGCACAUCACGCCUUUUGUUGUCACGGUAUUCGAAUAGAUUUUAUUGUCAACGUGCGCCAAUAAAUGUUUCACAUCAAAACGUAUUGGCAAAUAUUGUAAUUGAGGCCGCCUUUUCUAAUUUAAAUAAAAAAAAUUAUGCGCGCGACGCAUGUAAUCAUUUAUAGCUAAUAUUGAUAUCUGAAAUGUCUAUUAAAUAUUCGUAGAAUAUUAUUAAGGCGUUAGUUAAUAUAAUGUUUUACCAAAUCAUUAUUAAAUGCUAAAAUUGUUAAUGUAGAUGGUUUUAAACUGAUAACAGCUGUUGGCGGGACGUGUUAGUGUAUCUAAAGAACAAUACAAUCACUAAUACUUAAUGUGGUCACAUCUAAAAUGUCCCUUAUAUUGUAUCGGUGCUUUAAUAUGCGUUCUAGAAUGCGUAUCAGUGGGUAAGAUGUUCGUUAGUUUAUUGGUAUCGUUAUAAAAAUUGUAAUUGUAAAUACAAUAUAAACGUCUUUGCAGGUAAAAUUUAUUUUUAAUAAAUAAACUAUGUAAAUUAUCAAAUACCCAAUAUUAUGUUUUAAUUGACUAUUAUUGAUAUUAUACCUCAUCUGGUGCGGAUCGCGUGCUCGAAAGGAAUGAUAUCGAUGGCCUAUUUUUAUUGAUAUGAUUUUUUUUUUAAUGUUAUGUAUCUAAGCCAGUUGUAUUUACUGAAACCGUAUAGGUGGCUAGUUAAAAUUUAGAAAUUACCCAGAUUUAAUUAAAAAACAAUAUUCAAGAUCUGUAAAAUGUACCAUGUCUUAAUGUAACUUGGUACAGACGAAGCAAUUAAAAUCUUACUAUUACUCGUACUAUGUAGUGCUGAAACUGAUCGUAUAUCUACGCGAGAGGGAUCUUCCACAGAUGUUACAUGUAUGGGAUCUUCCAUAGAUGUUACAUGUAUGGGAUCUUCCACAGAUGUUACAUGUAAGGGAUCUUCCACAGAUGUUACAUGUAUGGGAUCUUCCACAGAUGUUACAUGUAUGGGAUCUUCCACAAAUGUUACAUGUAUGGGAUCUUCCACAGAUGUUACAUGUAUGGGAUCUUCCACAGAUGUUACAUGUAUGGGAUCUUCCACAGAUGUUACAUGUAUGGGAUCUUCCACAGAUGUUACAUGUAUGGGAUCUUCCACAGAUGUUACAUGUAUGGGAUCUUCCACAAAUGUUACAUGUAUGGGAUCUUCCACAGAUGUUACAUGUAUGGGAUCUUCCACAGAUGUUACACGUUCUGUACUGGUACAGGUUGUAGGUGGAUAAAAUUGAAUUUUAAAACAAAUUAAAAAACAUUAACCGAUACUUUUAGUGUAGGAAACUACGAAAUUCAUUAACGUUACGAGAUAUGCAAUGUAGAGGGUAAAUAAAUAUAUAUUUCACUUCUAAAGUUAUUAGAAUCGGUGUUUUCAAGAAUGGUUCGAAUUUUAUAUGGGAAGCAUGUUGCAGCGGUUGUGAGAUGAUUUAUAAUUGACUUAUAUUUAAGUUAUAUUUUUUGUAUAGACGUUAGUUUUAAGGUUAAAUGGUGAUUGAAAUAAAAAAUCAUCUUAAUAA